UGCAACAAAAGAGGCGAUCCACAUAAGACAGGUUCAGUAGACAGAACCCCCAGUCAGCUUGAAGACCUUUAUCUAAACUUAAAUUACUCUACAAAAUGUACGAGGAGGAGAAGGAACAGCUGAAGCGGGUUAAGGACUACAUAGUACAAAUACUUCGUCCUUCUUACAUCAAAGGUUUUAUGUCCGCAUACUUGGAAACAGAGAUCAUGGAGAGAAUCCUUUCAGAAGAGAACACCUCCGUCACAUCCGCGGCUGAAAUGCUUUUUCAAAGUAUAUUGAACCUGGAGGAGAGAGGCUGGUUUCAAGCUUUUUUGGAUGAACUGCAAGAAAAAAGAUACACAGGACUUUGUGAAGCUAUUAAGGAAUGGGAUUUUCAAAAGCUUGAACAAAUGAGAGCUCACAAGGCUCUUCUGCGCCAUAUUGAAGCGUCCUUCACCAAACAAAUAAAGCCAAUGGAGAUUGUUAGGUACAUGUCUGAAUGCAUUUUUACCAAGGAUCGUGAAGAAAUAACAGCAAUCACUGAACAAAAAGGUCAAAUUGCAGGGGCAGAAAAACUGACGGAAUGUUUGAAAAGGUCAGACAAACCCAACUGGUUCAAACUCCUGAAGUUGGCCCUGGAACACUAUGAAUUUACUAAUGCCCUGCGGUUACUGGAUCCAAAUACAGGCCAUGAAGGGUACCAAAAUACUGGUAAAGAAGUAGAAGACGGGGAAGCAAAUGAUGAAACUACAACGUUCCGAAUUGAGUACAGGGAAGAGGCUUGUGCUAAUGAUUUGGUGGGGAGUGUUAAUCAGAUGAACCUUACUGAGAACCAAGAUGGAGUAGCAGGUGCCAGUGCUUGGGCGGAGCCUUGUAAAAUCUCUGGAGAACGAAAGCUGAGAGCCUAUCAGAGAGAGCUGGCAAUACCUGUCUUUGAUGGGAAAAACACCAUCGUCUGUGCUCCCACAGGCAGUGGAAAGACCAUUGUUGCCCUGGCUAUAUGUGAACACCACCUGGAAACUAAAGCUAACGCGAGCCCCAAGAUUGUCUUCAUGGCUACCAAAGUGGAUGUGUAUGAACAGCAGUAUAAAUUGUUCAAGGAUCACUUUAAUAGCAUAAAUCAAGAAGUCAGGAUUACAGGUCUCUGUGGGGACAUGGGCGAACAGAUAAUAUCCAUGGACAUUAUCGCAGAAAACAACGACAUCAUCAUUCUGACGCCCCAGAUCCUGGUGAAUGCCCUAACCCAGAAGGACCUGCCCUCACUCUCCGUCUUCACUCUGCUCAUUUUUGACGAGUGUCACAAUGCCACCGGAAAGCAUCCCUACAAAAUUCUCAUGAAUAGCUACCUAGACACCAAACUCAGUGAAAGGAAUGAGCCAUUGCCUCAGAUUGUGGGGCUGACGGCAUCUGUGGGGGUCGGGACUUUCAAGAACAGAGCUGAAUCGGAGAUGAAUAUCUGUCAGCUGUGUUCAAACCUGGAUGCAAGAAUCAUCUCAACUGUCAAAAACCAAAAGGAGGAGCUCAAGUCCUUUGUACAUAUGCCAGAAAAAGAUUUCUUUGAGGUGGAGAAAAGAUCAGGCGAUCCAUUCAUUGGCAUCAUCCAUAACAUCAUGUCCAGAAUUGAAGAACUGGCCAAGACCGUGUACAACAUUGAGUCUCUGUCCCACAUUGAGAACCGUGAAUACGGCACACAGAAAUACGAGCAGUGGAUUAUUGAGGUGCAGAACAGAUGCAGAGUCCUGCAGCUGGAAGACAAAGAGGAGGAGAGCCGGGUGUGCAGAGCCCUUUUCAAUUACACAGAGUACCUGAGGAAAUACAAUGACGCACUCAUUAUCAAUGAGGAUGCUAGGCCCAAGGACGCCUUGGUUUACUUGGAGGCCUUUUUUGAUCAAGUGAGACAGGCUGGGUUUGAUGAAACUGAACAAAAACUGACUGCGUUUUUCGACUCUCAGCACCCUCACCUCGUCCAGCUGUCCGAGCAAGGACAGCAGAACCCCAAACUGGAGCAGCUGAAGUAUAUUCUGGAUGAGGAGUACAGGAACAACGACCAGACCCGCACUGUGCUGUUCGUUAGGACCAGGGCACUGGCUGAGGCAAUGAAAAACUGGAUCGAGGAAACGGACACAUUGAAGUUCUUAAAGCCAGGAGUGUUGAUAGGCAGGGCACGGAAGUCUAACCAGAUAGGUUCAGGAAUGACGCUGACUUCCAAGAAAGGGGUUCUGGAAUCCUUUAAAACCUCGGACCAGAGUAAGAUACUGAUUGCCACUUCUGUGGCAGAUGAAGGGAUUGACAUUCCGAUGUGCAACCUUGUGCUGAUGUACGAGUACGUCGGUAAUGUGGUAAAGAUGAUCCAAGUAAGAGGUCGUGGACGGGCGGAGGGCAGCAAGUGUUUCCUGAUAUCCGACAGGAAGGAGCGUAUCGUCAAAGAAAAGCUAAACAUGCAGCGUGAAAAGAUAGUGGAGGAAGCUAUUGCAAAUUUGCAGGAAUCCAGGGAAACUAUGGAAGCUAAGAUUGACAUCUUACAGAGAGAAGACAAGAGGGUACGUGACCACAAGAACUCAGUGCCAGAGAGACCCAGGACUGCUGGCAGCUUCGAACUUCUCUGUGCAAAAUGCAAGAGAUUUGCUUGUUUCUCCGACGACGUGAGGGUGAAGGAUACACAUCACAUUGUUGUGGACAGAACCAUUUUCGACCGCUGUGACAUCAAGCCCCACAAGAAUCCGAAACGAUUUGGGCAAUUUGAGGAAAAGAUGAAACUGUUUUGCAAGCACUGUCCUUCUUUUGACUGGGGGAUCACUGCGUCAUACAUGGAAAUAGAAGACCUGCCUCUGAUCAAAAUUAGGAGCUUCGUUGUCCAGAACUGCGAGACCAAGAAACAGAGGACUUUCAGGAGGUGGAAAGAUGUCACAUUUCCUCUGAGGCAGUUUGACCUAGCAGAUAUACAGCCCAGUUCCUAAUCUCAAUAUGACCAACAAGUCAUGGUUUAGUCUCCUCCUUGUGUGAGCCCGUGUGAUCCAUAGUAUUCUCAACUGAAUGGUACCUGACUGAACAAGUAGAAUGCUAGCCUACAUUUCUGAAUAUGCUGUCCUUAGUCCUUAGUAUGAUAUAUUAUAUUUUCCUGAAACUUUCUGCUCAUCAGAAGAUACAAGUCGAGAACCCCGUUCAAAUCCAUUGGCGCAACAAAUGCUAAUGAUGACGUGUGUCCUCCUUAUGCCAGGAAAUGAACUUUACUUCAUUCUAUUAUGGUAUAUAUUAUGGUACAUAUACUUGGGAUUAUAUGUUUUAUGUUUGGAGUUUAAAGGCAACUUUUCUCAACAGCUCAUAACAAUUGUUCAUUGGCACAUUGUAUAGUUCUCAUGAACACUCCAGUUGCUAUGUACUGUACAUCAUAUUUUGGGAUCUUCAAAGUGUUCUAAAACUGAUUUUGCCAGACAAAGGUCUGGUCUUUUGGGUCAUCGUUUUUUUAAUUUUUUUAUGUGCAUUGUCUUACGUGUGAGUGUAUUUAAUUCAGAGAAAAACUAAUUUACAGUGGCACAAUGAGAAUAGAACAAUACAAUAAAUACACUACACUACAAUUAAAAUUGAGAAAACAAGAUAGACCUGUCCAGGAAAAAUACAUUGUAUCAGCUUUUUUAUAAAACAAUUCUGUAUUUUAAUCUUUCUCAUAAUUGGACCUGCUGUCUUUAAUUUGUAACUCCAUUACUCAAUAAAGGCUUUUAAUAAUUA